AUGGAAGGGAACAAGUUGAAACCAGAUAUUGUAGCUUACAAUAUUAUCAUUGAAGGGUUGUGCAAAGCUGGUGAAGUUCAGUCUGCCAAAGAUCUUUUCCGUGGUUUAUCACCAAAAGGAGUUCAGCCUAAUGUAAGGACAUAUAACAUAAUGAUCAGUGGAGUUUGCAAAGCAGGCCUCUUAGUUGAAGCAGAAGAGUUGCUUACAGAAAUGGAACAAAAAGGCUGUUCUCCGGAUGACUGUACCUAUAACACAAUUAUCCGAGGUUUUAUCAAUAAUAACGAGACAUCAAGGGCUACAAGUCUUAUUGAAGAAAUGCAUGAGAGGGGUUUCUCUGGAGAUGCAUCAACUAUGGAAUUGAUUGUUGAUUUGUUGUCAAAGGAUAAAGUUGAUCCUGUAUUAUUAGCGUGGCUUAAAGAUUCAAAGUUAAAUGAAUAUUUGAAAUAG